UGACCUUCCGGCAUUCUGAGGUCUUAAUAUCCAGUUCGCACUCGAAGCUUCUGCAAACGUCAAUCAUUUCAAAAUCAUGGCCAGCUACAUUUCCAAUACAGCCGAAGAAAUGAGAAGGAAGACCAACAUUUCGAGAUUCCUUGAGGGACUCUUGGAUGAAGAUAGCAGCGAUGUGUGCGGGGAUAGCUAUUCACACUACGCCGGCUCCGAAAACGAACCCAGUAAGAUAGAUCGCGAGUUUUCACCACUCCACUAUCUUCCGGAGAAUGAGCUGAACGCUUAUAAAGACUAUCCUGGGCUUCUGGAAGCGAACAAGAAGAGUGUAUUGAAAACACCGUUUUCAAUACACAACAUAGAGCACGACGAUAAACUCGUACAGAUUUACACCGGAAUACCGGCGGCCAAGGGAUUUUUCAAUUUGGCCAACAGGUUUACCAAGAAUGGCAUCAAAUACUACAGCGGCUGGGUCGUCGGCCAACUGACAAUUAAGCAACAGCUGCUUAUGACCUUAAUGAAACUCAAGCUCGGCAUGGACGACAUCCACUUGUCACAUAGAUUUAACUGUUCCUUGGAGACAGUGACAAACACUGUUUUUACUUGGCUGCUCGCUAUCCAUCAAAAAUUGUUUUACGCAAUUGUAAAAGAUUUUGGUGGACAGAGGCCAUUCACAGAUCCCGUGUUGAUGGAUGCGGUAACUCUCCAUAUAAAAGGGCCAAGGAAUCCUCACCUUCCUCAUAAGACGCCGUUGGAACCCUACACGGCUCUAAUCGUCGCCAGGACUGAUGGAGUGGUUAUGUACGCAGGCGACAUAUACCCUUGGACAAGUGACAAAGUGGAUGUCAUAGAGGAGAGUGAUUUUUUCCAAAGUCUCCAGGAAGGAAACGUCAUCUGUCUGGACAACGAUGUGUCCGCCGUCCUGGAUAUUCCCGAUGGCGUCUUCGUUCUGUCUUUUGACGUCGGAUGUGGUGAACUGAACGACAUUCGAAAAGACUUGGAAAGGCGGAUGAGUGAAUACCAGGCAUUCCGAUGUAUACCCCCCGAACUGGAAGGGUAUGCCAAUGUAGUCUGGCAAGUUAUAGUCGCUCUCACCAACUACAGUAAAUUUAAAGCGUUUAUGGCUUGA